AGUGUGAAAGUGAAGUUAAAAGAAAUGUCUGAUUCUAUCGUUGCUGUUACAUCGGCCGCCUCUCCGAUUGCCAUUGCACAAGCGGAGAAAAAGGUCACUGUCAAGAAGGCAACUGCCGCCAAAUCGAAAAAAGCUACAGCUCCACCAUCACAUCCGCCAACCCAGCAAAUGGUCGACGCGUCAAUCAAGAAUUUGAAGGAGCGCGGUGGGUCAUCACUUUUGGCAAUUAAAAAGUACAUUAGUGCCACAUAUAAAUGCGAUGCCCAGAAAUUGGCCCCGUUCAUUAAGAAAUAUUUGAAGUCAGCUGUUGCAAAUGGAAAACUCAUCCAAACAAAAGGCAAAGGCGCAUCUGGUUCGUUUAAAUUAUCUGCGGCCGCUAAAAAAGAGCCAAAGCCAAAAGUCAGUUCCGUCGAGAAAAGUAAGAAAAAAGUUGCACCAGCAGUUGGAGCAGCUAAAAAGAAGUCGAGCGGCGUCGCCAAGAAGGCCUCUGCAGCCGGUGACAAGAAAUCUAAAGUUAAAAAAUCUGUUGCCACUAAAAAGACUGCCGAGAAAAAGACAAAGGAGAAGGCAAAGGCAAAAGACGCAAAGAAAAGUGGUACAGUUAAGGCAAAAUCAACUACAUCGAAGCCUAAAUCGAGUGCUGUAAAACCAAAAACUCCAAAGGCCAAAACUACUACUACUAGUGCCAAGCCAAAGAAGACAGCAUCGGCACCGAAAAAACCAAAGGCUGCAGCUUCCGCCAAAAAGGCAAAGACAGCAGUAGUCAAGAAAUGAAUGCAUAUGUGAAAUUUUGUAUAUGCAAAUAUAAAAAUUCAUUUGAAACAAAGCCCUUUUCAGGGCUA